UUCAUUUGAACUCAAAUAAAUUACUCAAAUUUGAACUCAAGAAAAAUUGUCCUCGGGUUAUUCACAAAACAGAGUCUAUUGUGCAGUGCUGAGGUGUUUUAACCCCGAGGUGAGCUUAAUGCCAUUCAACCAUAUCCCGUCUUAAAGGCACAGUUACAUAACACGCUUUCCUCAGCUGUUUAAAACAUCUGUGCGAAUGACCUGAAGGAUGACACCGUUUCUUGACCUGACCCGGGACACACUCAGCAAAACAACAAAUGAGAAUUCUAUAGGGUUACAUUUUUAGCCAAAGCUCUAAUAGCAGAAGAAUUGAGUUGCUGUAACUUAAAAGUUGAAAUUGAAGAAUAUAAAAUAGUAAGUUGAAAUGACUUGUUUGAUUCUACUUUAAGUCUUUAAUGUCUUAAUAGGCCUCCUUUUCACUUCACUUGAUGCCGGUCAAGCUCAUAUUUCACACUAGAGGCUAAAAUAUAGCUUGCGUCAUAAAUCAUUCAAUUCCAUUCAAGUGAAUUCCAGUCAUUAUUCGUUAAGAUUUUGCACCUGGAACUGUAACACAACACUCACCCCCAUAACCUAUGUAUACCUCUUUCUUAUAGAUUCAACAUUUCUGGGGAAAAGGAACAUUUGCCCAAACUUGCCCACUUCGUGACAGAACAGAUAAACUAUGUGCCUGAACAUUUGCAAUCAGAUUAACUUGCGGGGCUUUUCAUAGUCCAUAAUGGAAGAUAAUAGUAUUGUGGAAAUGGGGAAAUUUCCUGUGACACGAGCGUCUCGGGACAGCAGGGGGAGCCUCGACACUUUCACUAUCGUUUCUGAUGGCGUCAGUUGUGACUCCUCACACAAGGCGCUGGGGCUGGGAAAUUCCUCCAUCACAUAUGAGAGGCCACCCCCCCCCCACCACCCCUUGAAUAAAUAUGCAAACCUUGAGACAACCAAGUUCAUUUGGGGAUUUAUCCUAAAAGGACGUUGGGUAUAGUGAACAUUGCCUUGAAUUAAAGUCUCAACAUGGAUUUAACUUUGCUUGUGUUUUUACUUCUUCCAGUUGUUGCUGCUUCACAUAAGGUGGACCUGCCCCCCAAAGUUGUGUUCAAAAUGGGCGACAGGAGGGAGCUGACGUGCAGCAUGCGCUCGUGCCCGGGCGAGUUGAAGUUUGUUUGGACUCCGUUAGAGGACAAACCGCUAUUUGCCGCUGUUAAAAACAAGCCCACGGAGUCCGUGCUGAUCUUCGAAAAUGUCACGAGGAAUCACGAAAACACCGUGCUGUGCAAAGCGACCUGUGGGAAGGAGACGAAACAGGCGAAAACUACGAUUAAAGUUUAUUCUUUUCCAAGAAACCCAGUCAUAUCUGGGAAUGAUGGCUUGAUACUGGGUGAAGAGAACGUCCUGACCUGUGAAGUAUCUCACGUAUACCCUUCAGAGUUCCUUGAAGUAGAAUUGUUACAAGGAGACACGGUUCUUCAGGCUAAAGAAGGAGAACCCAACACAGAUGGUCUGUUGAUAUCUCACAAAUUCAAACCUUCAAGUGCGGAUGAUGGGAACGCCGUAACCUGCCGAGCAUCGCUCAAUAUGGACAGUAUACCAUCUGACGGAAUGAUAAGGGAAACAUCUGGACACUUGAGCGUUCUUUCUGCACCUCAUAAUGUGAGAGUGUCUGGAUUUGCUGCGGUCUCUCUGGGAUCUGGUUUAACUUUGACCUGUGAGGCCGAGGGCAGCCCUGAGCCUGCGUUUACAUGGACGGCCCUCAAACCAGAUGGCCAGCGGGUUGAAAUGGGAAAACUUCGAGAGCUCUUCGUGCGCAACGUGUCCCUGACUGAUACGGGUAUUUACCGGUGUGAAGUUAGCAAUCGAUUGGGAAGCCAAACGGCCGACGUUUCUGUUGUCGUUAAAGCACCCCCAAUGGAAACAAUCAUUGAAGCAAGACCGCAAACAGUUCUGAAGGAAGGAGAGUCCAUAAGCAUCUACUGCAAGUCCGACAGGGUCCCGGUGGAGCGCGUGGUUUUGAGACUCAUGGUGGACGGCCGAGAAACAGAGCUGAAGACCAGUGUUGGGGCUGAAACCACAUUUACACUUGAUUCCGUCAAGCUGUCUGACUCUGGAUUGUAUGUGUGCGAGGCUUUCAAUGAGUAUGGACGUCAGAGAGCCACUCUCAGUCUAACCGUUGAAACUCAUUUACUUGAAGUGGUGCUACAACCAGACGGCGUGAUCGUGGCAGAACGUGGCUCCGGUCAUGCGCUUUCCUGUCAGGCGUCAGGUUGCCCUCAGCCCACGUUCUCCUGGAGGCGUCUUGAGAAUCUGCCGACCCGAGGCCUAACAGAGACCAUCGGCUUCCUGUCCCAGCUGUUCCUCGACCCAGUGGAGUUGGAAGACGAGGGAACUUAUAUCUGUGAGGUCACAUGUGGUUCAGUUGCGGAGUCUAAACAGACCGAAAUGAAGUUGUUCUCAUUCCCUACAAGUCCGGUCUUAGAAAGUUCUGGACCUUCUCUGGAGGGAGAGACGGUACGCUUGACCUGCAGCGUUCGGGAUGUUUUUCCAGCCGACAUUUUCCGAAUUACGUGGAUGGAUGGGGAGCGAGAACUCAUCUCGGAAUCUGGAACGUUUUCAAGUCGACCGCAGAAUCUGACUUCGGUGUUGUCUUAUGACAUAGAAGCCAAAGACAAGGACAAAUCGAUCACCUGCAAAGUCUUGUUGGACAUUGAUGGUGUGCCGGCAGCGCAAGCCGUAAAGACAUCUUCGACAACAUUGUCCCUUCACUAUCCUCCCAGAGGAACCAGGAUAACGGUGAGCCCACAGGUGGAUUUGAAGGAAGGAGAAUCUGUGAGCAUUUCCUGUCUGUCCGACAGCGUCCCGGUGGGUCGUGUGGUGCUGAGGAGGGUGGUGGACGCUAUAGAAACAGAGCUGAAGGCCAAUGAAGGGGCUGAAACAUCAGUUAUACUCCCUUCCGUCGACCUGGAUGACUCUGGGCUGUAUGUGUGUGAAGCUUUUAACCAGUAUGGAAGCCACCGAGACAGUGUUCAAGUUAUUGUGAAAACACCACCCAGAAAUACGACGGUGGAGGUCUUACCAUCCUCUGAGGUUCAGGAGGGCCAAAAUAUCACCAUCUGUUGUAACUCCGUGAGCUUUCCUCCACCUGCUGUGGUCCUCAGGAAGCUGGAUAGCGAUUCUGUGAUCUACUCUCCCGAUGGCGUCUUUCAGUUGAUCAACCUCACUCCAAACGACACAGGCCUGUAUCAGGUCAACGUCACCAAUGACUUGGGCUACGAGACGGAGAUUUUCCUUAUUAACGUGAAGGAAAAGCGCUUCGAGUCCCCACCGAGCUGGAAUGAUUUUGUAACCGCCGCAGUUUGCCUGGGAUCUGCAUUGGCGCUACUUGGCAUUGUCGUUUAUCUCUGGAGGGAAAGUAAGAAGGGAUCGUACGAUCUCACCAAAUGCAAUCCGGACACUGUAUAGACUGUUUUUAAACUCCACGAACUCUCGGAAUCUGUUUGAGUCGGGGUCUCCCUAAAGCUAGAGCGGCAGGCGAACGCAUUUCCAGUCACCGUGUCGGGUGACAGAACCUCAGAUGGUUGAGAACCCGCCUUUUCCACAAAUAGAGACAAUCAACGUGACUGUCGUCAAGGGAAAUCGUGCUGGUGAAGCUUCUGAAGGUUUCUUCGUGGUCUUGAGACGUGGCAGCUGUCUUUACAACUGUGAAUUAGUUCACAAUGUGACUGACAUUGUUUUUCACUUCAUAAGUCAAAUCGAAUGUGCAACACAAAUGUAAAAAUGUAGAUUUAAACAUGUAGGGAUUGAAAGCAAGAAGUCAAGCAAUGUAAAACUGACAAAUGUGUUUUCCGUUCUGCUACUGGCUGUGUUUAAGUACAGAGCAAUGGACACAGUUUUAGUUCUUGCGAUGAAAGUCUGUGCAUGUUAUUUGAUCAAAAAUCUUUAUAACCUUUCCUCAACGUGUAAUGCAACGUAACAACUUUCCUUUGGCUGAUGUCACCAGGCGUCAUCUUUAUUUGACCUGUUUUGAAGAUAUCAGUUUUCCACAAUUAAUUUGCAAUAUGUAGAUAAACGUAAGAGUCCUAUUUAUUUUUUCAUGUUUGAUCCGAAAUAUGUCACACUGUAAAUUGGUUUCAAAAGGCUUUUUAUGUACAUUAAUGUGUAAUGUGUUAUGCUGCGUUUGGUAGAGUGUUAUACUGUAGAUGUCUACUGUACAUUCUGUUGUUUUUAACCUCAAUGUCUGUUGAAGAAGAUGCUGUGUACUGCACUUUCUGUAUUUAAAUCACUGUGUUUCAAUCUUGAAUGUUUUCAUAAAUAUUUUUUUUAAACAAGCAAUUGUGAUGUGAUCCUGGACGGUGAUAUGGGAAACUCCAGUGAAAAUGAGGGGGAUUUUUUGGUCAUUUGAUAUUUUCCACAGCGUCUACCUUCGCUUUUUGAAAUUUCACUUUCACUUUUUCUGUUUGCAUUAUGCAACAUUUUUCUUGUAAUUCAGCCCAAUAAAUGUGAAGGGGUGUAUUUGUUUUAGUUUAACGUGGUUGGUUAUUGGUACAAGCUGUUUCCUAAAUUUGAACAAGAUGGAUCAAAAUGAGUUGGCCUUACAAAAAUAACUACGUACAGUACAUGUCUCUGUCCUUACACGACCAAUCAAAACGUUCUGUUUCAAUCUGCUUAUUAAGAUCAAACGAUGCAAAACCGAGUUCCCAGCUCCCUUUUUAGUGCAUUAUAUUGAUUUGCCCCAGUAGCUGUAAUAGGCUGUUGCCAUGGUGACCACCCAUGCCAUGUGAUUGGGGGUGUUGGUUUUUCUUGUUCCUCUGGGAAAAAGGAAGGUGUGAAUAGAUCAGUGUUUCCUUAGAAAGAUGCAGAGCCAGAAAGGUUUCCAAAUAUAUUUCUAACCGCUUUCAUGCUAAAUUUAGAAGAAAAUUAGUUUUGAAGAGUAAGCUGUGAAUUUUAUUCCCUACUGUCACAACAAAGUGUUUGUGUUUAUGAAA